AUGCCAACUAAUUCAAACGAAAGUCCAAUUUCAUCAUCAACUACAACAGUAGUUGUACCAUCAAUGAAUACAUCUAUAUCAAAUACAACUACAUUAAUAACAACAAGUAACAGUGGAUCAUCAUUAUCAUCAUCGAAUCAUAUUCAAACAUCAACACCUAUUCAAUCAAAUUCUCCAUUACAAUCAACAUCAAGACAAUUAAAUAAAUUAAAACGAUUUCUUAGUACAUUAUAUUAUUUUGGAUCGGAUAUAUCAAAUGAAAUAGGAGAACGUGUUCGAGCAUUAAUAUUAGCUUUAAUUAAUAAUGCAUUAUCUGUUGAAGAAUUUCAUGGUAAAGUACAAUUCACAACUAGUUUUCCAUUACGACCAUUUGCAUUACCAUUUUUAAAGUCAACAUUACCUCUUUUACAAAAAGAUCUUUCACAAUUAGCACGUCAAUCUAAACAAUCAACAAGUCAAUAUCUUGCUCAACAUGAAGAAUUUAUCUUAUUACCUCGUGAUAUGAUUGAAAGAAGUACUAGUCCAUCGAUUUCUAAUUCAAAAGAACAAAUUAAUGAUAGUAUAAAAAGAAAAUUAACUGAUGAUACACAUGAACUUGAUGAACGAUCUUAUACAACAAAACGUUCAUCAGCUAGUUUGAAUAAUAAUCAUCGUUCAUUAGUUCCAUCAACUAUAACUAAUAAUAUAAUAUCAUCAACAUCAAUAAGACGUGAUACUCGAGAAAAAGAACGAGCAUUUACUGCAUAUCUUCGUGAAUAUGGAUCUGAUGCAAAAGAUAAUAGUAGUAAAAAUACUGAAGAUGAUUGGAGAAAUGCCGAAAAUAUGCUUAAUUGUAUUCUUGAAAUGGUUACAAAAGCAAAACGAGUUUUAUUUAUGUUACAACAAAAAGAUAAUCAUCUUCGUCGUCUUGUUGAAACAAAUGAUCUUGAAUGGCGACGUAGACAUACUGAUAUAUUAACACAAACAGAAGAUCGUAUUGUUGAAGUUCGACGAAAAGCAGAAGAAGCUGUACUUGAAAUAAAACGUCAAUCAAUAAUUGAUUUACAAAAAGCUGUUUCACAAACCGAACAAAAAUCUAAUGAAAUAUUACUUCGUGAACGUGAACAAUAUCAACGAUUAAAUCAAGAAUUAAAAGCACAAACAUUUGAAGAAGCAUAUGCAUUACUUAAUCGACAAGAAGAUGGACCAGAACAAUGUUGGCAUUGUGGUCGUCGAGCUAUUGAAACAUGUUCUGGUUGUAAUAUAGCUCGUUAUUGUGGUCAAUAUUGUCAACAUCGUGAUUGGGAUUUACAUCAAAAAUUAUGUGGACCUGAUUUAAAACGAAAAUUUCAUGAUAAUCCACAAUUAUAUCGAAAUUCAUUUUCAAAACAUGAUUUAAAUAUUUCUCUAAAUCAUCAAACAGAAACUUCAAUUAAUAAUAUUACACGAAUAAAUAAUGAUACAACAGAAGAUACACCAUAUCUUAGUGUAUCAUCACCAACUAUAACUGAAGCAAUAACAAUAGGAAAUUCGACAAUAAAUAAUAAAUCUGAUAUAGAAAAAGAAGAAAUAACGACGGUGAAAACUGAACAUAUUUAA